AUGCGUUUUUUUUCUUUAUUUUGCUUUGCUUCUUUUAUUGUUGUUGCCCUUGCAACAGUUCCCGAUUAUGAUUACAUUCAUUUAAUUGUCACGACGGCUUAUGCCUAUUUUCCGGACGAUAAACUUGUUGUAAUAAAAGCAGCGUGGUGGGCUUCUUUUGUCGCAUCAUCCAGUACAACUAUUGAAGCUGCGAUAGACACACGUAGUAUCUGUAAGAAUAACCAUGAGGAUUCUGCAUCUCUAGAUUGUGCAAGUUCGGUAAGUAAUUUGGCGACAAGUCUCGUUCUUAAUUUAAUAUCAAUAUACAUUCACUGGUAUUUUGAAGGAAUACCAAAUGGAACGUUAAAAGGUGUCAAAUCCACUGCAGUUAGAAGAAGGCAGUUUAAGCAUUGGAAAGCACUAAUGGUCUGUAUGACCUAUCUUAUGUUGCUGAUUUAUUAUUUGAUCACCAUUCUCAAUCAGAGUCCGGAAAAUAGUACCAAAUUGACAACCCAUUAG